AUGUUGCAGUGGUCUAAUUUAUUCUCUGAGCUUAAAGGAAGCAAAGCUAUCUACAAUAACUUCUCCCUCAGAUUCAAACUUCACUCUAAAAAUGAGAAUGCCUUAAUUAUCGAUAUUCAAGUUUUAAACAAUAUUCCUUCCAAUGAAAUUAUCUCUGCACUUGCAGCUAAACUAGAAGAAGACCUUAUUGUAGCAAAAUUUCAUUUCUCAAGAGGGAAACAUGCUUUUUUAGAAGUGAUCUUACAGAAUAAACACAAGCUUCAACUUUACCUUACUGAAGGAAUCUCACUUUUCAAACAAACCCUAUUUAGAUACAUCCCAAUAAACUUAAAACAUAUCUUUCUAUCAGUCAAAAUUAGAAAUAUACCAAUAGAAAUCCUUUCACAAACUACUGAAAAAAAAGAAACCAAAGACAAAGUUAUGAAAACUCUAGAAGGAGUAGAUAAUACUCCAAACCGAGAUCAUAAUAAAGAAAAUGAUAUAAAAGAUAUUUCCUAUACAACUGUAACAUCAAAAAAAUGUAAGAAAUCUGACAAAAACAAGAAAACAUCUACCGCAAUAGAACAUGAAAAAAAAGACUCUGCAAAGA